GCUCCCGGCGCCUCUCCCGCGCGGGACGGAGCCGUGGCAGCGACGCUGGAGGAGCGAAGCCUCCGUCUCGCCGCCCGCAUGGAUCUGAGCAGCGCGGAAGGGGCGUCCACCCGGUUCCUCGGCCUCACUCAGCGCUCCGUAUCUGAAGAUCUGGGUUGCAGACGCGGAGAGUUUAGCAGAAAGCAUUAUGGAUCUGUGGAGCUUCUUAUAUCUAGUGAUGCUGACGGAGCCAUUCAAAGAGCUGGACGGUUCCGUGUGGAAAAUGGCUCCUCUGGUGAGAAUACGGACUAUGCUCCGAGUACGUGGCACAGAACGGAUGUGCAUUUGGAAAACCCAGAGUAUCAUACAAGAUGGUACUUGAAGUAUUUUUUAGGGAAAGUUCAUCAGAAUUAUGUAGGUACAGAUGCAGAGAAGAACCCUUUCUUUCUGUCUGUUGUACUGUCUGAGCAAAAUAAUCAGCGCAUUCCUCAAUACCAUUCAAUACUUUGGAGAAAAACAGGUACUCAGAAAAUAUGUCUCCCUUACAGUCCCACAAAAACAUUAUCAGUGAAAUCUAUAUUAAGUGCUAUGAGUCUUGAUAAAUUUGAGAAGAGCCCAAGAGAAAUUUUUCAUCCUGAGAUACAAAAGGAUUUAUUGGUUCUGGAAGAGCAAGAGGGAUCGGUGAAUUUUAAAUUUGGAGUCCUUUAUGCUAAGGAUGGUCAGCUUACAGAUGAUGAAAUGUUCAGUAAUGAAACUGGAAGUGAAUGCUUUCAACGAUUUUUGCAUCUCUUGGGUGACACAGUUACUUUGAAAGGCUGGUCAGGCUACAGAGGAGGACUGGACACUAAAAAUGAUACAACAGGAACCUGUUCCAUCUAUACAGUUUUUCAAGGGCAUGAAAUUAUGUUCCAUGUUUCAACCAUGCUACCAUAUUCUAGAGAGAACAAGCAGCAGGUAGAAAGGAAGCGACAUAUUGGAAAUGACAUUGUCACUAUCAUAUUUCAGGAAGGUGAAGAGUCUUCUCCAGCAUUCAAGCCAUCCAUGAUUCGCUCUCAUUUUACACAUAUUUUUGCUUUAGUGAGAUAUAAUAAGCAGAAUGAUAGUUACAGGCUGAAAAUAUUUUCAGAAGAAAGCGUUCCUCUCUUUGGGCCUCCCCUUCCAUCCCCACCUGUGUUUACAAAUCACCAGGAGUUCAGGGAUUUUGUGUUGGUGAAAUUAAUAAAUGGUGAAAAAGCCACCUUGGAAACACCAACAUUUUCUCAGAAACGUCAGCGCACUCUAGACAUGCUGAUCCGCUCUUUAUACCAAGACAUGAUGCCUGACCUACACAAGGGAAAUAAUAUGCUUAAUAGAAGAUCCUUCAGUGAUGUGUUACCAGAGUCCCCAAAAUCAACACGGAAAAAAGAGGAAGCUCGACAAGCAGAGUUUGUUCGGCUUGGUCAGGCAUUGAAAUUGAAAACCACUGUGAAAGGGGAUACCACAGCUAACUUGGCAACCACAAGCUUUUGUAAAAAGGAGCCUUGGGAAUCUCAGUCUUUCUGCAGUAAUUUUCCUCAUGAGGUUGUCUGUGCAGAUUCUUGGGGCCAGUCCUUGCUGGUUUCUACAGAUGCUGGCAUCUUGUUAAUAGAUGAUGGUCAACCGUCAGUGCAAGUAUUUGAUAAAACUCUCCAAAUAAAGCAGAUGAAUGUGUUGGAAGCUCUGGAUCUUUUGAUUGCCCGAACAGACAAAGGGAAAGACUCUCGUAUCCUUGUCUUCAGACUCAGUGCUGUCCAAAAAGAUAUAGAGACUAAAAAAAUCAUAAGAAGCAAAUAUGACUGCAGAGAAAAUAAACUGGAGAGAACAAAAGGCUGCCAUUUGUAUGCCAUUAAUACUCACCACGGGAGCGAGCUGAGGAUUGUUGCAGCUAUUCGGAACAAACUACUUCUCGUCACAAAGAAAUAUAAUUCGGACGACACUUCAAUCAGCACCUCUCUGCUGUCGUCUCCUGAAUCUCCAGUAGAGGAGUUCCAGUACAUCCGGGAAAUAUGCCUUUCUGACCCUCCAGUGGUUAUGACGUUGGUGGAUGGACCUACUGGAGACAGUGACAAUAUGAUCUGUGUAGCGUAUCGGCAUCAGUUUGAUUUAAUCAAUGAGAGUACAGGGGAGUCCUAUAGAUUGCAUCAUGUUGAAACAAACAGGGUUAAUUUUGUUGCGGCUAUUGAUGUAUAUGAAGAUGGUGAAGCUGGUCUACUGUUGUGCUAUAACUAUGUUUGUCAGUACAGAAAGGUAUAUCCUUUCAGUGGACAUUCCCCACUUGUCCAGCCAUCAGCUUAUGACUUCCACUUCAGCUGGAAUCAAGUUCCUUAUGCUGUUGUCUGUGCUUUCCCUUAUGUUCUUGCCUUCACUACUGAUUCCAUUGAGAUCCGAUUAGUGGUGAAUGGGAACUUAGUCCACACAGCAGUUGUGCCUGAGCUUCAACUUGUAGCAUCAAGGUCGGAUAUUUAUUUUAAAGCUACUGCUGCAGUGAGUGGAUCAUCUGACAGCAGCUCUAAGGAAAUGAGUUCAAAGAGUUCUCCUCAAACACCGACAGCUUAUGAAAAGCCAGAAUUACCUCUUCCUUCUCUAGAAGCUGAAGUUCCAUGCAAAAACCUGUACAAAAUACCUCUGAGCAAUCUGGUUGGGCGAAGCAUUGAACGACCUCUGAAGUCACCUUUGGCUCCCAAGGUCAUCGCUACUACGCCAUCGAGUGGCAUUACCUCUCUUCCAGUUUUGCACUCACUACCGUUAUCUCGUAUGGAAAUUAAAGAAAUUGCAAGCAGAACACGUAAAGAAUUGCUGGGUCUCUUGGAUGAGCCUAUACCCAAGACAGAAAGUUCACAGAAGCUGAAAAAGGUUUCUCGAAGACAGUCGGACCCUAAGCAGGGAGCUGUAAGGUCAACUAGUAGUGACAGGAUAAUCUCAAGCUCAUUUGAAGGCUAUUCUGAAAGACGUCAUCUUUCCACUAGUUCAGAUCCUGAUACUUCAGCAAACAGGGAGGAGAACUCACCAUCUAGCUAUCCAUUUCAGCUGAUUUCUUUAUAUGAUGAAGACAUCAUUGACUUAAAAUGAAGACACUUUUAAAACCUUUCUUCCUCACGUCACAUUUUCUUACAGCUCUGUAAGCUCUAUGGCAAUGUCACAAACACUGCUUCUGGUAGUAAAAUGUGGCUGGAAGUACUGGUGAUAAAUCCUUAUGGAAUCCAUGUUCUGGUUAGCACAGCCUGAUUUGGCAAUGCUUAUAUCUUUGACAUAGGUAUGUUCUCUCAGUUGAUGAAGCAUUACUUUUCAUGGCAUUCUAACAGUAGGUAAUCAAUGGGAGAUUUAGGCUGAAACUGAAGUAAACAAAAAGUAUUACUUGUUCUAAGCUUCUUAUAAUUUGACUUACCUAAAUGACAUGCAGCAAAGUUAAUUGCUGUUAUUACUAUCAUGAGUUGUUUUACAACAGUGUAUGUCAUGUUGGAAGAGGAAUUUUAUAACACAGAUCACUACUUUUGCUUUUUCAGUCUUUGAAAAACAAAACAACAACAAAAAAAAUGCUUGCAGGCAAGGUCAUUUCAAACACUGGAGUCAGUCCCUAAAUUGAUGCAUCUGUGGUAUGUUCACUGAAGAAUCAGGUGAGAUAUGAAGAUGGUGUUUCCUUGGCUCAUUGUUUAGAGAAACUUGAAAACUCUUUUGGCAUAAAAAAUCCCUGAGCAGAGAACCUCUCUAUAGGACACAGACUUGCAGAAUAUUUCUCGAAAAUUGGAAAAAAAAAACAAAAAAACCAACAAGCAAAAAACAACUAAAAAACCCACGAACAAACAAAAAAUGUGGAAACAAAAACUUCAGUCCAUCUACUGGAAAACUCUUAUUGUAGUGCAUCUGCAGAUUUUUCCAUUACAGGCAGAAGAGCCAACCCAAAUUGUCUUUGACUACAAAAAGAUUCUUAUGCAGACAUCAUCUUUAGCUGUUGUCUGUGCUUGCACCAAUAGUAUAAGUAAUUAUUUCAGAUAGUUGUAAUUUUCUAACUGGAUGCAGACUGGAUUUUCAGUGCUAAUAAGGUAGUCUUCUGUGAUGAAACAGUGAUCUUGUCUCUUACUGUAUUAAAGGGGUUUGUAUUUAAAGUUUGAUUUUUAAUUUUUUUAAACCCUUUCCUCUAGAACACCUUUGCAAGGAUUUUGUUUGGUUUGGGGUUUUUUUUCAUGAAAGCCUUUCUAUAGAUGAUGUUUUUAGCUUUAUUAGCAAGCGUUUCUUGUUCUGAAUAUAGAAAUACUUCUGUAUCCUUGAUUUUUAUUUCAUAAUAUCACCCAUAUGUCAUGAUUUCACUUUUGUUCAAGCAUGAUCAUCUGGAGAUGCGUGCCUUUUGCUGCCAUCUGUCUGAAUGUAAAACUGGUGAUUGCAAAGUGAUUUUUUUCUCAGUUAUAUAAUAUGGUUGAAUUGCUUCACUUAAGAAAAUCUGCAAGGUCUUA